AUGACACAGGCUUACUACAUUAUCCAUCUUCUUUUGGGAGUGAUCCAAUUUUUUACUGGCAUCUUUGCAAAUGGCAUCAUUGUGAUGGUGAAUAUCAUUGACUUGAUCAAGCAUAGAAAAAUGGCUCCAUUGGAUCUGCUUCUUUCUUGCCUGGCAGCUUCUAGGAUUUUUCUGCAGACGUACAUCUUCUUUGUCCAUCUACUUACUCUCUCUUUGAUAGAAUACUUUGUAUUUACUGACAACCUUGUAGUUCUUAUGCUUACAAAUGAAUUGGGGCUUUGGUUUGCCACCUGGCUUUGUGUUUUCUACUGCAUCAAGAUUGCCACCAUCUCACACCCACUCUUCUUGUGGCUGAAGAUAAGGAUAUCCAAGUUGGUGCCAUGGCUGAUCCUGGGGUCUCUUCUCCAUGCAUCUGUCAAUGCUGCCCUCCACUACAAAUAUACACGGUCUUUUUUUGAAAAUCUCUUGGUGAGUUUUUUCUCUAAAAAUGCAACUCGGAUCAACAAAAUAGAAAUGUAUAUUAUACCAUUUUCCUUUCUUGUCACUGGGCUCACAUUGCCAUUGUUCAUCUUCCUUAUUUCUAUUUUGCUUUUGAUUUUCUCCCUGGGAAGACACACACAGCAGAUGAGAACCACAGUGGCAGGCACCAGGAACCCCAGCAGGAGUGCCCACACCAGCGCGAUGCUAUCCAUUCUGUCAUUCCUAAUCCUCUACUUCUCCCACUACAUGGUGGCUAUUUUACUAUGUUCUCAAGUUUUACAGUUUGGAAGCCACAUUUUUGUGCUCUGCAUUAUAGUGGGGGGUGCAUACCCCUGUAUGCACUCAAUCAUCUUAAUUUUAGGAAAUCCGAAGCUGAAACAAAAUGCAAAAAUGUUCCUCUUCCACAGUAGGUGCUGUCAGUAA